AUGGAUGACUCGAACAUACAAGAAAAUAUUGAUGACAUUGAUGGUAAUCAUGGGACGUUCAAAGGUCCUAGUGAUUCAUUUGGAUAUGUCAAUGCACGUGGUCGAGAAUCAGACAACUUUUUCAUCAACUUGGUGAGGCAUUCUUUGCUGCUUGGAGCUGAAAAAUUGUUGAUGGCCCGAAAGUCACCAGGACCAUUUCGAUCCUCUCAACUGGAGUCAUGCAGUAUUAACGAGGACAAGAAUGACUUAGUCAGGAAAUGGAAAGGAAAAAGUGCCAUGCAAUUGGAUGAAAAGGUACGUUGGAAGUCCGAGUGCUCUCCGCUUCAAUCAAGUUCAAGUUCAUCAAAUCCGGGAAUUGAAAGCAGUAACAUUUUCUAUAACAACUUUCCACUGGAUUUUGUAGCUUUUCUAAGAAUCCUGACAGUACUGAUACUUGAACUCGGUGGUGCUCAACUUAGUUUGUUCACAAGCGUCUUCACAUUACCUAUUCAGAUAUUCAACUUUUGGCUCACAAUGCUAACGUUGCCAUUUCGUGCUCUAGCUCUAGCUAGAGAGCAUUUAAUGAAAAAGCUGUUGACAUUGCGGAGUUACUUUUGGUUUAGUUUGAUGUACUUUAUAUGUGAUCGGUUGAAGUUGCAACAGUCAAUGCUGAAAGUGGCUGUAAGAUUUUGUUGGGCAUUUUUCUGGUCAGUUUACGUGUAUCUGAUCCUGGUUGGAUUGCUAAUCAUGGGAUUCGUGAUUGGCGGCAUAACCAUGAGACAUUUGGUCGUAGAAUCCAUACAGACAACUGAAAAUCUGAACUUUGACUACACCACAAGUAGUCCGGUUGCUUUUGUUCCCGUUACAUCCUCUCCUGUCACUGGUGCGUCCCCUGGCUUGAUUUCUGAAGACAGGAUGCUGUUUUCCAAGAGUGCUGGAGGGCGCACCAUCCCUUACAAUCACAAGCUACAGCUUACUGUGUUGCUGACAAUGCCCGAGUCAGAGUACAACAGAAACCUUGGGAUAUUCCAGGUGAGGGUAGAGUGCUUGUCUUCAGAAGGUAAGGUGACUGCAAGUUCAAGCUAUCCCACCAUGCUACAAUUCAAAAGUCAACCAAUAAGAUUUGUUGGGACCAUAUUUAAAAGUCCCCUUCUUCUUGCUGGUUUUCAAUCAGAAAUCCAACACUUGAAAAUAGGCGUCAUGGACUUUACAGAGGGAUAUGAGCCAACUGCUUGCUUUAAGGUGAUAAUUGAACAGAGAGCAGAAUAUGAAGCAGGCUUUGGUAUCCCAGAAAUAUAUGCUGCAUCACUGCACAUCGAAUCUGAGCUUCCCCAGAUCAAAAGGAUGAUAUGGUAUUGGAGGAGAUCUGUAUUUGUAUGGAUCAGCAUUAUAACAUUCCUGACCGAGUUAAUUAUUGCUCUGAUCUUUUGUCGGCCAGUUAUUUUUCCGGGAAGAUCAACAAUAAAGGUGGUCGGUGCUAGAAGUAAAGUCUCUCAUGGUAUAAAAGCAUUUGAGCCAUUGGCUGUCUCGGAAAGAAUUAAGAAGCUUUUCCUAUGCCCACUGGAUAAGAUUUUUUUCAGUCAGAACAUGAGAGCAGGAGGAUUGCAGCAGCCAGCUACUGCUUUUGUCAUUGUACUUUUGUCCAUGGAUUGA